AAUCAUCAUGGCCUACAUAACCAGAAAUUUAAACGGUUUAUAGAAACUGUUUCUCUGUCACUGAGGAAUUUCUUCGAACAGCUGGAGGGUUAUAAGCAUUUCUCCGGUUUUCAAUCAUAAUUCAUUAUUGGCACUGUAACUAUCCCUCUAGAGUUCUCGCCUGACAAUAAAAAUAUCCAAAGGGUGAGUAAAGCAGAUGCUGAAGAUUCAAUGGUGUCAUGGCCUCAUUCAUAUACAAGAAUGAGGUAUGUGUGCUUAGGUUAACCAGCUCUGAGAAAUGGACUGAAACCCAGAUAAUCACUACAACGAACGAACAGAUUUUUAAAUUUGGAGCCAAGUAUCACGCAUACUUUUGUGCUAAAAUCGAGUAAUUGUUAACCAAUGAUAAAAGCCAGGUGGGGUCGGAUUUUAUCAGAACCGUGCAACAUAAAUCAAAAUAAUUAUCGUUCAGGAUGUUGUGGCGCCAGUUUAAACCCCUUCCGAGAUCAUUUUUUGUUUAAUCGAAAAUGGCCUGCUCAAUCGAUUUAGCAAAUUUAGGGCUCCGAUUCAAUCCUCUUCCCCUUACUAAUACUACCUCCCUGAAUCAAAGAAGGAUUCGACCAAUCGCAUUUCCGACAUCUUUGGAUCUGAAGCAUCCGCAUCGACGUAUUUCCUGUUCUGCCGUCGACGAAGAACAGAUUCAGCAAACUGAGGAGAACUCGUUCAGUGAUGCUGAGAAUUCACUCAUCAGCAGUCUCAUUGGUAUCCAAGGACGUGGCCGCUCUGCUUCUCCUCUGCAACUCAAAGACGUUGAAGAAGCAGUGAAAGUUCUAGAAGCUACUAAAGGCGUUCCUGAACCAACCAGCUCGAGUCUGAUCGAGGGCCGCUGGCAGUUGAUCUUCACGACGAGACCUGGAACCGCCUCCCCGAUCCAAAGAACAUUCGUUGGAGUUGAUUUGUUCAGUGUAUUUCAAGAAAUUUAUCUUCAAACAAACGAUCCGCGGGUUUCCAAUAUCGUCAAAUUCUCCGAUGCGAUAGGUGAGCUUAAAGUUGAGGCUGCAGCUACAAUCAAAGAUGGGAAAAGGAUUCUUUUCCGUUUCGAUAAAGCAGCAUUCGCAUUCAAGUUUAUUCCCUUUAAGGUCCCGUAUCCGGUGCCUUUUAGACUCCUAGGCGAUGAAGCAAAGGGUUGGUUAGACACCACGUACUUGUCGGAAUCUGGAAACAUUCGGAUCUCGAGAGGAAAUAAGGGGACGACGUUUGUACUUCAGAAGCGAACUGAACCCCGACAAAGAUUGCUUUCUGCAAUUUCCUCCGGUAGUUCAGUGAUUCAGGCGAUUGAUGAGUUUGUCUCGUUAAAUCAAACUGCAAGAAAGGGCGAACAACAACUUGUUGAAGGCGAAUGGCAAAUGAUUUGGAGUUCACAGAUGGAAACGGAUAGUUGGAUAGAGAAUGCAGCUAAUGGUCUUAUGGGCUCACAGAUCGUCAAAGAGAACGGAAGACUCAAGUUUCUUGUUGACAUACUGUUCGGGUUCAAAUUCUCCAUGAACGGAACUUUCGAGAAAUCGGGCACCAACGUCUAUGAUGUAACGAUGGAUGAUGGUGCGAUAGUGGUUGGACCCUACGGGCUUCCGGUUGAGCUAGUAACCAAAUUCAAAUUGGAAGUGUUAUAUUCAGACGACAAGAUCAGGAUAACCCGAGGAUAUAGCAAUAUUCUUUUCGUUCACCUUCGUGUUGAUCGUUGACAAAAACCCGCACUUGGAUUCCCAUAAAAAUAUUCAGAAACUUUGAAGAUGGUCGCUGUGUUUAUAUGAUCACAUGUUAGGCGAUCUUUUUGUUGUGUUAUAGAUACUAAUUCGAACGUUAUUUGGAAGAUUGGUGUAUAAGAUUAAACGAUUCACCUUUUUAUUGUAAUUUUUUGAAAC